AUGGACGGCGAGUCUACAAGUGGUCAGAAUUGGCCAACAAUGUAUGACUUCUCCCAGGACAGGUUGGGUCCACUCGCCUGGAUUGCCAACUGUACCGAGCUGUUCGACUUCAAAACACAGACGUACAGAGGUCAGCCCGUUCUCACAUUCUGGUCAGGCGAAGUAUUGAACGGGUAUGGCCGUGGAUCUUAUUACAUCCUCAACGAGUCGUACGUUGAGCUCGUGCACUUCCAGGCCAAUCGUUUUGGUAGCGACAUGGGCGAGAUUCACGAAUUUACCAUCACAAGUGAUGACACUGCUCUCAUACCGGUUUAUCAUGCGAUACCUUGGAACUUGACAGAGACUGGCGGUAUCGAAAACGGCUGGUUGUUCGAGAACAUGUUUCAAGAGAUUAACGUCGAGACCGGCGAGACCGUCUUUGAAUGGAAUGCAAGCACUCACAUAGGCAUCAACGAAUCGUACAACUCCCUUCCCGAAGACGACGCGGCCGGUGACCACCUUGUCUCGGCACGAGUAAUGGACUGUAUUUACAAGAUCUCUGGCGAGGACGGACACAUUAUCUGGCGCUUGGGCGGCAAACGGUCCAAUUUUGAGAUCGACGACGACGCUGUUUUCGCCUUCCAGCACGACGCGCGCUGGGUAGACUCCAAGAACCCGGUCCAAAUCGCACUUUUCGACAAUGGCCCUAUGGAAGAUAUUGCUUACUCCCGCGAUCUCCUCCUAGACGUCAACUCGGACACCAAAAAAUUCACCAAUGCCGCAAAGACUUUUGCGACCUUCGAAGGAAGCAUGCAAGUCCUGAAGCUGUCGGACGGAAAUAUGAACUACCUCGUCGGGUACGGAAGCCAGCCCUAUUUCGCGGAGCUCAACGCUCAGGGUGAAAUUCUGUUAGACGUUCAGUUCGGUAAAACGAAUGCUGUGAACUGUUACCGCGCAUACAAGCCUCCAUGGCUAAAAAAACCUUUUACCAAGCCAGAUACGGAGUGCGAAAGCUGGGUCGUGUACACGGCGAACUCGUCGGACUCCUCGACUUGGACAACUGUCACGACCGCACGCCGGACGGGAUUUGAAGCAACGAUCGAUUUGGAUGGUGUCCAGCUCGAUGCUUAUGUACGUGGAAAGGCUGUUAACGGCUCGGGCACAGCCCUAGGCUGGGCGCAGGCCAGCAAUGGAGAGCAGCUUUUUGAUGCGCGGGAGAACGUUCAACAGAACGGGUCAGUUGUGUCCAUAACAGCAAGCAGAACUACACCGCUUAGCAGCGCGACGUGUUCAGCUGCAACUGGCUCGUCAACAGGGGUGGCGGCAAGAGCGACACAAGGUAGCAUGGAGAGCCUAUAUACGGCGGCUGCCGUUGUUGCAGGUGGCCUAGCCUUUGUAUGA